AAACAUCUCAUUUUUCUUAUAAAAGCACUCAAGUAUCAAUGCAAAAAACAUCUCAUAGUUUAUAACAUUUUUCAAGAUUGAUCUAUACUCUUAAACAAUGUCUUCAUCAUCAUCAGCUGUUCCUGAUUACUUGGGAGAUGAAGUUCUGACACAAGAAACAAGAGAUCUGAUAUCUUCUCUUCCAAGCGAGAAAGGUUGGUUGGUGAGCCAAAUGUAUCAGUUUCAAGGACGCUGGCACACACAAGCUCUCUUACAAGGACUCUUGGAGUGUCAAAAACAAUUUGAAGCCACAGAUUCCGACAUUAUCCUCGUCACCAAUCCUAAAUCAGGUACCACUUGGUUAAAAGCUCUUGUCUUUGCUCUCAUCAACCGACACAAGUUUCCAGUUUCUUCUGGUAAUCAUCCUCUUCUUGUCACCAAUCCGCACCUUCUCGUGCCCUUCUUGGAAGGAGUUUACUACGAGUCACCAGAUUUUGAUUUCUCUAAGUUGCCUUCUCCAAGACUCAUGAACACGCACAUACCGCAUCUAUCCCUUCCCGAGUCCGUUAAGAGUUCUUCUUGUAAGAUUGUGUAUUGUUGUAGAAACCCUAAGGACAUGUUUGUCUCCUUAUGGCAUUUUGGGAAGAAACUUGCUCCUGAAGAAACCGCUGAUUAUCCUAUUGAAAAAGCGGUUGAAGCGUUUUGUCAAGGGAAGUUUAUAGGUGGACCCUUUUGGGAUCAUGUGCUUGAGUAUUGGUAUGCGAGCCUCGAGAAUCCAAACAAGGUCUUGUUUGUUACUUACGAGGAGCUCAAGAAGCAGAGUGGAGAUACGAUCAAGAGAAUAGCUGAGUUCUUGGGAUGUGGUUUUCUUGAAGAAGAAGAAGAAGAAGAAGUGAGAGGGAUUGUGAAGUUGUGUAGCUUUGAGAGCUUAAGUAAUUUGGAAGUUAAUAGAGAAGGGAAGUUGCCAAAUGGAAUGGAGACUAAAGCUUUCUUCAGAAAAGGAGAUGUUGGAGGAUGGGGAGAUACUUUGAGUGAGUCCUUGGCAGAGAAAAUAGAUAGAACCAUUGAAGAGAAGUUUCAAGGUUCUGGUCUCAAAUUUUCUUGUUGACAUCACUCUUUGAGACUUUUUUAUUAUGUUAUUGUUGUGCUUUAAUUAUUAUUGUUUUCAAUCUUGUGAGUUUUGUUUUUGCUGUCUAUGUUUUUUUUUUUUUUUUGAAAAAAGCUGUCUAUGUUUUGUUG